GGCAGCAUGCUGAGCCUCAAGAGGAGGAGGCAGAGCCUCUUCCCCAACUACAAGGUGGGAGGGGGGUCGGAGUCCGUGGCCCAGGAGGAGGUGGACCACCACCUGCCCUUUGCCAAGGAGAGCUGCAUGAAGCAGUGGAACUCCAUGCAGGAGCUGAGCCGGGACAUCUACAACAUAUACGACGAGUACGAGAACGAGGAGGAAGACAGGGUUCCCCUCACGCAGCUGAGACUCGCCUCGCCCACCAAGAAUUACAUGCUCAACAUCAACGUGGGCGGCAAGGUCUACCAGAUGUCCCACCACGUGGCGGCCCAGUACCCCAAGACGAGGAUCGGGAGGCUGGCGACGUACACGGACCACAACCGCAAGCUGGACCUCUGCGACGACUACACGGUGCAGAACAACGAGUACUUCUUCGACCGCGACCCGGACAUCUUCCACAACAUAUUCAACUUCUACCGGACGGGAGUGCUCUGGGUCAAGGACGAGCUGUGCCCCCGAAACUUCCUGGAGGAGAUCAACUACUGGGGCGUGCGAAUCAAGAACACGCACCGCUGCUGCCGCAUCUCCUUCGAGGAGCGGCAGGACGAGAUCAACGACCAGCUGAAGAUCCAGCGGGAGCUGCAGGCGGAGGUGGAGAUCGAGGAGAACGAGGAGCUCUUCCGCGACAUGGCCUUCGGCCACGCUCGGCGCGCCGUCUGGAACCUUAUGGAGAAGCCCUUCUCCUCGGUCACUGCCAAGCUCAUGGCGGUGGCCUCCAGCUUCUUCGUCCUAGUGUCGCUGGUGGCCAUGACGCUCAACACGGUGGAGGAGAUGCAGUACCGCCGGCCCACGGGCCAGCUCAGCGGCAGGACCUACUGCGAGUACGUGGAGACGCUCUGCAUCGCCUUCUUCACCAUGGAGUACCUGCUGCGGCUGGCCUCCACGCCCGACCUGCGGCACUUCAGCCGCAGCGUGCUCAACGCCGUGGAUCUCAUCGCCAUCCUGCCGCUCUACCUGCAGAUGGUGCUGGAGUACUUCGAGAGCGAGGACCCGGGCAAGCACGCCGACAUCGAGACGGUGAGCCGCGUGGGCAAGGUGGGCCAGGUGCUGCGCAUCAUGCGGCUCAUGCGUAUAUUCCGCAUCCUGAAGCUGGCCCGCCACUCCACGGGCCUGCGCGCCUUCGGCUUCACCCUGCGCCAGUGCUACCAGCAGGUGGGCUGCCUCUUCCUCUUCAUCGCCAUGGGCAUCUUCACCUUCUCCGCCAUGGUCUACACCGUGGAGCACGACAUGCCCCAGACUAACUUCACCAGCAUACCCCACGCCUGGUGGUGGGCUGCAGUGAGCAUUUCGACGGUGGGCUACGGAGACGUGUUCCCAGAGACGCCCCUGGGUCGGAUUUUUGCCUUCGGCUGCAUCUCUUUCGGCAUCAUCCUCAACGGCAUGCCGAUCUCCAUCCUCUACAACAAGUUCUCAGACUAUUACUCCAAGCUCAAAGCGCACGAGUACACCUCCAACGUGAAGAACCGUGGGAAAAUCAGGUUCGCCAGGAGGGCAGUGAAGAAGCUUACGGAGUGCUGCGAAGGUGCCUCGCAUUAG